UUCAACUUCCGAUGAAAACAAAACUUAUAUCAUGAAUCUUUCAAGACUGAAAUCCAAUGUCAACAAAUAUUGUCAACCUAAAAUAUGGUGUCGAUGUGUACAUUAUAUACAGGGUCAAUCACCUGAACCAAAAAUUAGGGAAUAUUUCUACUUCAUUGACCACCAAGGCCAGGUAUGAAUGCUUCGCCGGCUGCUUUACACGGUCACAGGGAUUUGUACAUGCUGUGCUCUUUCUUGAUGAUUCAAAGAUGAAAAAUUUCACUUCAUGUUUUAAGGAGAAAGAUUUCCUGGCUUUUUUCUUCAAAAGAUUAAGAUUGAAUGAGUCCUCCAGGUACAGAGAAGACUUCCCAUUUUUAUCACUGUGUGGACGAGAACGUAACUUUAUCAGGUGUGAUGAUAGACCUAUUGUUUACACCCAUAUUGUAGAUACUCCAUCCCCUGAUGACCAUAACCUCUUGUCUUACGGAGGAGCUGGAUCUUCACUGACUGUUCAGUUUGAACCUCAGAGAAUUUGUAUGUUACCCAACACUGGACGUGUCUAUCAUCCUGCAGCCUCCGCUCUAGGUGGAAUAGGGCUUGUCAAAUCUAGCAUUGCCAUUGAAAUCAGUCAGAAUUUUGAAUUUGAGAAUGGAGAAAAUAACCCACCUACCAAGUUCCGUUGGAAAGGGAAGACAUAUACUUUGACAAAUGAACUCAUUAACAUUAUGAACUUAAAUGCUGAAGAGGCUCGAGAUUUGUUGUAUCAACAACGGGAUAAAAGCUAGCAUAUACUAGUGUGAAUAGAUGUACAAUAUAUAGGCAUGUACCUUUUAUGUGAGAUGCCAGUUGAUUGGAAGGGGCAGGACUUUUAAUUGACCUGUGAUACUAAGUAAUUUCAGAAGCCCAAUAGAAUUUUUCCUGAAUUUUGGAGAGUCAAAAUAUAUGUAAAAUUGAUAUCCAAAAGUCAAAGCUGUUUUGUGGAGUCUAAAAGAAACUCGCUAUUGAAAGUCCUAAGGGUAAUCAAUCCUAUUUAAGAUAAUCAUGUUUUGUGAUUUAGUGUUAUUGUUCAUAAACUGUUAUACUUUACCUUGAUACUCAUGGAUUAAAAAUUGUGAUC